UUCAGCUACCCAAAAUACGUUCUUGACAUGAACUCGAGUUAUUGGGAUCAACUGGUUCUUGACAUGAUAUCAGAACCUUCUGUGACCGAGAGGUCUUGUAUUCGAUUCCCAGUGACCCCCAUUUGUUAAGCACAUGGUAUUCUUGUCUUCAGACCUGUGCAAACUUCAAGCCCUUGUAAGUGGCUUUCGUUUGAGGGGGCGUGUUAGUGUUGUGGUAUAUGAUCCACGAUUGAACCUCUCCCAACAACUCGAGUUAUUGGGAUCAACUGGUUCUUGACUACCUCCUUGUUUCAUCUAAUAUUACAGUAACGAUUCGGAGAUGCGGUAAUCUUCUUAUUUGAAGAUGGGAACGCCUCAUUUUAUUAGAGAUUGAUGCAUGCUAUUCUUCCGGUUUCUUACAAGCGUUUGUUGGUCAUCUUCUCGAUGAGAGUUCUGUUUCGACUUUAUUUUUGACUCGUUGUUUCAUCGACAGCUUCAGGGAUCUUGUUAUCUGGUCGACGACGCCUGGAUUUGUUUUCAAUGGAUAAAUUGUUGGACUAUGUGGAUGGUUGAGAAAUGUGUAGUUUUUUUGUUACGAUCGACAACGGUGAUUGUGAGAGUUUGGAGUUCCGGAUUUGAUCAAAGUUUAGUAGUAGGUUGAGAACUUGGCGGGAAAUGGGUGAUUGGUUGGUCCCUUGAGGAAACGCUGCCGUUUUAACAUUCUGAGGACUGAGGCAAGCCGGCUUCAUGGUGACGGGAAAAUUGGAAAAGCCCGCAAAAAUCCAUUUCUUCCCCAAAUCUGGAACUUCCGUUGAUUGAUUCUGUUCCUGCAUAAACCCUAAAGUCGCCAACUUUACUCCUUUUCCCGGGUCUUCAGUUCACCUUCGGGCAUCAAUGGCGACUCGUUACGGAGCUCUUUCAAAAUCAACGGCGUCACUCUUCAAACACGCGGUCAACAAUCCCGCCGGCGUCAAACCCACGCCCACCUCGGCCGCUUCUCUUUUCCCACCUCGCCCUUCUUCCACAUUCUCAAGGCCGAUUGCUCAGCUGGGUGCUCUUCAAUCGCUUCUCCCGCUUCACUCCGCCGUGUCUUCAGCUCGUCUCACGUCGUGCCUCGGCAUCGAUUCCACCAGCUCGCGGUCGCUGUCUCAGGAACUGGGAUUGAGCGUGCCUCGAUAACGAACCAAGUCAGACGAAGAACGCGUCUAUUUCUGAACUCACAUUCUGCCGCGCAAGAGUUUUGUCUUCGUCUCACAAGAAUAACAAUCAAAAUCUUGGACAUGACUCUGCUGCUGUACUUUCGUGGAUUGUUGUCACAACCCUUGUUUUGAAUUCAAAUUUUUUGGAUAGGAAUAGCAUCAUACCAUUAUUACUACAUCACUGGUAGAGAAAUGAAGCUGUCUGCUGCUCUCUUUCAUCUGUAUCUGCCAUUGAUUGUUUAUGGGCAGUUCUUGGCCUGACACUAGCCAAAAACGACUGGGUGGUUGGUUUCAUUUCUUCUCAUUAUCUAUCAGGAGGCAACAGUGCAUGGCCAUAUUGUCAACAUUGCUUUGUGUUUCUGUCAUUGAACAAGGAACAGAUAAGGAAUGGGGGCAGGGAAGCUGUUGGGUGAUAUACUAAAGGUGAGAUAAGUGGAAAAUAUCCUACUACAACCAUAAUAUCAACUCUGUUUCCCUGAGCUUUUUUCUGGUAUCUUCUCCAGUCUACUGCAAGUUUCCAUGAUCAACCCUGCAGUUUACAUCAGCUACCCAAAACACCCAUGUAAUUCCUUAACUUGCUACUUUGUCCUUCAAUGGUGGCCAUGUCUAGGCAAUUCUUGUGUUUGAAAGUACUGGUAAUUGCAGGUAAGUCGAGUGAUGGUCCUGAGGAGAAAGGAAAGGAGGGGACAAGCACUUUUGGUUGACACAUGGAAGUGCAUUCCUCCCCCAUGCAUCUGUGCUUUGGGAAGCUCUCAUGCAUGCAAUGCAAUUAUGUUUAUAGUUUACUGAUAUAUGUGCUUUUAGAUGUUUUGCCCUUUUUCUCGGAUUGGGAAAAGGUGGCAAAAUCUUGACGUGAAAUUGCUUUUGUUUGUCUGGAGAAGUCGGGCCGAGAGUGGAAUUGCUUUUCUCAUCUAUCCUUUUCUCAUGACAGCUCCUUUUCAAGCUACCUCAGUUAGUUAUAAAAAAAAAAAAACAAUUUCCUGUCCUUUUUCCCCCUUCUAAUUCUAGAAAUAAAUCCUUUUACAAAUUACAAACCCCUCAAGUGGGCAUCAACACAUGAAGGCUGCUCCUAUAAUCUGUGAUUACUUAUUAACAUAACCCUCUCGAUCAAAGAUUUUGAUAUCAUAUCUAUCGAAUGAUUAACCAGUUCAUCCCAAUGUGUUUCGUAAGUUGGUGGAGAGAUGCUCAAAUGUAGUUGUAUUGUAUCGUACAUAUAUGAGUCGAGCUGAGCCACCAAUAUCUCGAACAUGUUUGGUACGGACGUACAUCAACAAACUCUAGCAAGGACGCGAGAUCAUGAACUUCCACCACAACAGCUCAAUCCAAAGUCUAGUCUGGCGGUGCGGAUCGACGCGGCGGCAGAGCUCGGCAAUGAGGCGAGGAUGGAGGAGACAGAGGAGGAGCGGGUCUGGUCUGGUGAAUCAAGCCGAUAUGACCUGACAUGACAUGGUAUCAGAGUUGAUUUGUCAUUGAGGUCUUGUGUUCAAGUCCUCACGCCCCCCCCCCCCCCCCCAAUAUUAACCGCUGUCUUUCAAGCACAUGGUAUGGCGGGCCUGUGCAAACUUCAAGCCCAUGACUCGACUUUCGUUUGGGGGGGGGGGGGGGGGGGAGCGUGUAAGGAAGUGGUUAAGUACCAUAAAUGGGGGCCUGUAUAAGAUCUAGCAUAACCUUCUCCCAACAACUCGAGUUAUCGGGACCAACUGGUUUACGACACGACCGUAAGAUUGAUGAAUAAUUUAUCGCGAACUCACCUCAGAAAAAUCAAUCUCGUUAUAAACAGAGGCGUCUCUCUCGCUAACAUGUUCAAAUAUGUCCAAUAGCUAGCUAAUCCCCUCGAAGACUUACUAGCUAGCUCGAUAAUUAAACAUUCCGCAACAACUCUGAAUCAUGUGUUCGAAUCCAAAAACAACCCCACACCCAUCAUCAAAUCAUCAACCUCUUUUUGGGUUGAGUAACUUUUUAACUUGGGAUCAAAGUUUGGGGAAUUUUGGGUGCUUGUGCAACCACCUUCCUUCCUCAAUGGAUGGAAUAAGAAUCAAUCCUCUCU